AUGAUGCAGCACCACGAAGCGCAUCACCUUGUCACUCUGGACUCGAACCACGUCGCUUGUCUUCCACCUCAUUUUGCUUCUUCCGCGGCCGCCUCGUCCUCGAUGAUUCCCGACUGGCCGACGUCGAUUGCGCCGCCAUCGUGCAAUCCGAACGUCACCUUCUCGCUCGACGUGCCGCCUCCAGCAAGUCUACCCGGUGCCGGGAUCGCAGGCGACAUGCGCGUCGGCUACGCGACGCGAUCAGCCACAGGCGCUCUGCAGCGCAGCAUGUCGGGCGCAGAAGCUCCGCUGGUCAACUCGGCCAUGUUCGGCCACUCUACGCUCGGAGGCAACGGUAGUGCCGUGCGCAAGAAGCGUCGAAGGUACGGGCCCAAGCCCGAGCCGCCGUACAAGUGCUUCUGCGGCAAGACGUUCAAGCGCCACGAGCACAUGCUGCGCCACCGCGCCACGCACGACGAGAGCAUCAAGUACGAAUGCCACAUCUGCGGCAAGUGGUUCCGUCGCCAGGACGUGAUGCAUCGCCACACCAUGACCCACACCACGCGCAACCGGCUGCACAGCAAGAUGCGCACCACCGCCUCGGCCGAAUCAUCGUCGUCAUCGUCGUCCAGCCUUACGACACUGUCGGCGGUGGAGGCGAGCAAGUCGGCCAAGGAAGCAGGCGACAGCAGGGCGGAGAGUCGGGAGCAGGAUCACCUCGGCUGUGCACGCAUGGGAGCGGAGCACGAUGUGCUUGAAGACCCAACGCUACGCGUUGGAUUGACCGACUAUCCGGUUUCGCCGACUUCGGUCUCUUAUAACGAGGACCAUCAUAUCGCAGCUGCCCAGCUGUACAAUGCCUGCAACCCGACUCGCUACAUCUAUCCGUCCUAUUCGAGCGAGGUGCAGCCGGGCCAUGCAUUCGCGCUCGGUCCAACCGUAUACGAUCGAGCGGGCAACCAGCUGGUGAUGGCACCGGACCAUCACCGGGGAGCCUCGUCUGUGUCGCCGCCGCCGAGCUUCUUCGCCUCGUCUGCGGCUUACCCUACGGUGGCGUUUGACUCCAGCAACUACCCACGGCUGGGCUUGACAAGCGUUCACUACGGUGGCUACGACGUCAAGGCUGGGCCGUACGCGAUUUCGAAUGGGAUGGGCCUGCCGACGGGGUACGGACUUGGUCCUGCUUCGUCGCACGUGGGAGUGUCCGAGUCCGAGUGGAGCGAGCCGAGUCCGUCGGGGCCAAGCACGCACAGCUUCGCCUCGCCUGCGUGGAGCCAGAGGGCGGAGCUGAUGAAGCGUGACGGCCCGGACUCAGCCAUGGGUACACCUUCGUCGCUAUCGCGGCCCUUGAUGGUGGCGGCAGGAGCCCGAUGGCGCGAGCACCCGCCACACCCGCCACAGGGAUCGCCCUUGCUCGCAGAUGGACAGCAUGUGUACCGCAGUCCGGCACCAGAGGCUCGACGACGCCCAUCCACUGCACUUGGCCACAGCCACGCUGACGAGGGGGGCGAGAGCCGAGUCAAGACGAGCCUCUCGGAUCGACCCACUGGUUCGCUAGGCAUCUUUGCUGCUCCUAGCUUUGGAGAAGGUGUGUCUGAAAGCGAGCGAUUCGGCGCAGUGCAGUUCUCGUCGCCGCAGCCUCCAAACGGAGCACUCGCCGUUGCGCCGCUCGGCAUGGGAAUGUCGGAUGUGGCCAGGGGGCAAGCUGGUGCUCAGGAAGGCGAGCACGGCGGUGCAUCCAUGUUGUGCGUGCCCGAGCCGCUGGACUCUGGAUCCCCACUGACCGAGGCGACUGGCCAGGCAUCGCCACGAAGCAUGUCGUAUGGCAAGAGGCCGAGACGUGCAGAGUCAGACGAGUAG